AUGCUUAAAUCUUAUUUAUCAACGACCGUGGUGGCACUCGCCGCUGUUCGCGCAUCAGCAUCAAUCCUCUCUCAAGUCCCGUUCGGAGGUCCGUCACAGUUCUUAUCUUCCGACAGCAGCAACUCAGUCAGAAUCCUCACUCAUGAGUCACAUCCUGACCAUAGUCUGACAAUCAAACCUCAUUAUUCAAACGACGUAUCCACGAAAGGUGAUGGCAAUACAGUGGCGGAUAUCUGUCCUGGAGCCACCUCUGGAUAUACUGGCUAUCUUAACUCCGGAUCAAAACACUUCUACUUUGCUUACUUUGAAUCAAAAUCUAAGCCAAAGGAUGAUCCUCUUGUUCUUUGGCUAAACGGUGGCCCAGGAUGCUCUAGUAUGAUGGGACUGUUCAUGGAGCUUGGUCCCUGUAUCGUCAAUGAAGGAGGAGAGUCGGCCCGAGAGAACCCCGAUAGUUGGACAAACGCAGCCAGUGUGUUCUUCUUAGAUCAGCCCAUCGGCGUCGGGUUCUCAUAUUCCAGCAACGGGUCGGUCCAUGGCGGUGAAGGUGGAACUUUUGCAGCAAGCGAAGACAUCUACGCUUUCAUGAGGCUGUGGUACAAGGCAUUUCCGGAAUCGAGGACACUACCAUUUUCAAUCGCAGGCGAAAGUUAUGGAGGCCAUUACAUUCCGGUCUUUGCGGAACAUAUUAAUCAAAUGAACAAGAUCACUGGUAUCGACGAUCAGAUUCCCCUAGAGUCCGUAAUGAUUGGAAACGGAAUCUUUAGCGAUUUGAAGCAGGCUAGCUCAUACUACGACAUACCUUGUACUAACGUUACGGGGAUUGGACCUCUCCUUGACGAGUCGGUUUGUAAGAAAAUGGCCGCUGCGGUGCCUAGGUGUGAAUAUUUGUUGAAGGCUUGCCAUGAAUUUCCAGAUCCUCUCAUCUGCCGAGCAUCCGCAGGAUACUGCGCCAACGAACUUGAGAACCCUUACUUCAAGUCAGGCCUGAAUUACUACGACAUUAGCAAGCCAUGUGAAGGAUACUUGUGUUACCCCAUCAUCGAGUCAAUUACAAAGUACCUACGAACGGACAAAGUUCGCGAAGCAUUUGGGGUCGACAAAGCAGCCCCUCAAUUUGAAGGAUGCAGCAACAAAGUUGGACGAGAGUUCCAGAAAGUCAACGAUUUUAUCAUUGAUACGCGGCCGUUUGUUGCAGCUCUUCUCAACACUGGAAUCCGUGUUAUGAUCUAUGUAGGAACUUACGACUGGAUUUGCAACUUUGUCGGCAAUGAACGCGUUUUUGGAUCUCUGAAGUGGGACGGUUUACCAGAUUUCCGUUACCAGCAGGAAAAUAAUAAGCAAGUUUGGGACGGUGGCUUGUGGUGGGAAAGUGGUCUCUUACGAUAUGUUAGAAUCAACGGAGCUGGUCAUAUGGUACCUCACGACAAACCUGUUGAAGCAUUGAAGUUAUUCAAAGCUUGGCUAGACAAGAAGCCAUUGUAG